AUGUGCGUGGUCAACAUGAUCACAUGGCACAAGUGUAUGCACUUCUGUGUUCGUCACGAAAUGUGUUCCACCGCACUGGCCAAGAACCCGCCUUCAUUCUGCUCAGCUGCGCACGCACCCGUGGUGACGGACAUUGCUGCAGAGGAUGGCGUUUGUCCCGAUGAGACCAAACACCCGCCCAUGCCUGGGGAGCGGAGGAUGAACGUCUGGAGGGAGAGAUUGGGAGUGACGAGGACAAGUGGCCCCGGUAAUGCCUGGUACAGAGACCAACGGCAAGGCCAAACCUGA